CACUCAUCCACCCAUCCACUCACUCAUCCACCCAUCCACUCACUCAUCAUCGCCGAGCGAGGCUGUGGAGGCGGGGCGCUCCGUGGCUCCCAACUUGGCAUUUCGGUGCCGCUUCUAGAAUAUCUGUGGUCUGAGAUCGCCGACCUCCACGUUUCGUUUAGCGCGCCGCCCUGGGAGUCCAUCUACAAGUGUACAUAGUCUUAUUUCCACAGUGAGUCACCUCGGUACCCCAUUCGGGCAAAGGUGAGAGAGAACGGAUGGGCAGAGCGCAUUUCCGCCUGAUGAUUCCUGCUUCUCUCGGGCUCUCGUUGAGGUCAUAUUAUGCGUCGUCGAGGCAGCAAGUUAAAGAUGGUGUGGGUGCCAUAGAUUUACCCUCUAAAAGAGACCACCAUAGCGAGAAAGAUGGUUACAUUCUAUGCUCGUCGCAACGAUGGGGCGCUGCAGGUGGGUUCAAAAGAGGCACCGGGGUCGAGACGCAAUGCAUGUUUGCUGUCUCAGGCUGUGUAAGCUGGCAGCGCCUGGAUUAGGGAGUGCGGGGCAUCCAGACUCCUCGGUUCGGAAUGUGAUGCCGAUGAGGCUCAAACAAGUCGCCGGCCCAUAGGUGUCACAUUGCCGGCCUUUCCGCUAACUUGUCUUACUGGCACCCGGA